UGAGCCAAGGCCUAGGGCUGCUCCCCGCCCCACCCUGCUAGCCUACUUCCCCCGGCGCGCCCCGCUGGGUUCAGAACUUCAGAUUCCAGCGUAGACUGAAGACCAGCAGAUCUCCAGGGAUCCUUCAGGUUUUCAGUGCCAGAUUAGGACUGCUGAGACAUUCAGCCUCGUGGACUGAGCGCCUGCCGGAUUCUCAGCCUCUCCAGUGUGACACAGCCAUUGUUGGAUUACUUGGUCUCGAUCAUAGCCAUUUUGUGAAGAGACGGAGCCCAAACGGUCCUGGUUCUGUCUCUUGUGUUGUGUCUUUGGUGUCUGCAUAGAACCUGGGAGAAGGAGCCGUCCCUGUUCUCACUCUUAUGAGAUUUUUUUCGAUCUUCAGCUACAUUUUCCAGCUUUGUACAAGGCCUUGUCAACAAAGAAAAUGGCUAGCAAUGUUACCAAUAAAACAGAUCCUCACUCCAUGAAUUCCCGUGUAUACAUUGGGAAUCUCAACACUCUCGUGGUCAGGAAGUCUGAUGUGGAGGCAAUCUUCUCCAAGUAUGGCAAAAUUGUUGGUUGCUCUGUGCAUAAGGGCUUUGCCUUUGUGCAGUAUGUUAAUGAGAGAAAUGCCCGGGCUGCUGCAGCAGGAGAGGAUGGCAGAAUGAUUGCUGGCCAGGUUUUAGAUAUUAAUCGGGUUGCAGAGCUGAAAAUGAACCAAGGAAAAGCAGGUGUGAAAAGGUCUGCAGUGGAGAUGUAUGGCUCCUCAUUUGACUUGGACUAUGAUUAUUAUGACAGGAUGUACAGUUACCCAGCACAUGUUCCUCCUCCUCCUCUUGCUUGUGCUGUGGUGCCCCCCAAACGCCAGCGUGGAUCAGGAAACACCUCACGGAGGGGCAAAAGUGGCUUCAAUUCUAAGAAUGGACAACGGGGAUCUUCUUCCAAGUCUGGAAAGUUGAAAGGCAACAACCUACGGGCUAUUAAGAAGGAGUUGACUCAGAUAAAACAAAAAGUGGAUUCUCUACUGGAAAGCCUGGAAAAAACUGAAAAAGAACAAGGGAAACAAGCAGUGGAGGUAAAGAAUGAGAUGUCGAAAGAAGAGCCGAGCAGCGCCGGUGUGAAGAAAGACCAGACGAGUGUGAAGAUGGAAUCUGAGGAAGAGGACCUUCUGGGUGAUGAUGAUAAAGAAGAUGGAGGGGAUGACCAGCUGGAGUUGGUCAAGGAUGAUGAAAAAGAAACUGAGGAAGGAGAGGAUGACUCUGAAGCACAUAGUGGGAUUUAGACAUCUUAUCCCAUUAUUAUAUAAGCCAAGAACAUCAAGAGGCACCUCUCUCACCAUUUUGUGCAGCUGUCAG